AUGAGACAGACUUACACACAAUUGAAAGAUGACUUUAGAAGUACAAUGCCUCUGAAUGAAAAAGAUUCUUUUUCAGAGGCCUUUGACGGAAUAAAUGGUAGCUUCUCUGAUGAUAUAAACUACAUCAAUCGAUUGCUACUGACCUAUAAAAGUCCGUAUUGCAUAUCAUUACAACGGUUUUUGUUAUCAACCAAUAGGACACAGAAUCAUGGAAGAUCUAACUUACACGUACUUCGCAAAAAUGGCUUCAUCAGAAGCUAUUCCGAGAAUGGUAGACAAUUUUUCUCUAAUAGAUAUGUUGGAAAGAAAGCCACCUUUCAGUUUCUGAGCCAUCUUAAUGAUCUCACUUUAAAUAAUAUUCCAAGGGAACCGUUACAAGGUAGUUCGAGUGAACUCACCAUAUUUUCUCUCUUUCAAGGGUUCAACAAUAAGAUUAAAAUAAUAAAUGAAAUGAUUCACUACUCUAAAGACUUGGAAAAAAAUAAUGAAGAACAAGACGGCCAAUUUUUCUCCUUCGAUAUCGACCCUUCUAUCAUAAGAAGUUCUUUUUCAGUAGGUAUACUAAAUAACAUCUCCAGCUCCAUCACUAACAAAUUGGGUUCUCUUGAUAUUGAGAAAAGUUCUCUUCAAUAUGAACUUUCAGAACUAGAAAAAAAGGUUGAACAACUCAACAUCAAGCAAGAGCUUUUAUACCAAAAACUCGAGAGCAUCAACAAAAAUGAAAGUUUUCUAAAGGGUGUUUUGGAGAUGUCUACAUCUCGAAAAGACUUGGUUCGAGAGUAUGGAUUAGAAAAGACAAAAAAUAGCUCAUCUGGUGAGAAUGAUAUCUUGGAUAAAUAUUUGAAAAAUGAGAAGAAAAUAGUCGACUCUUAUGAACUAAGUUCAGAGAGCAAGUCCAAAUUUAUGCUUGGCACUUUAUCAACAUUUUCUGAUGAUUCCUCAUACCGCUUGGAAAGUACAUCUGAUGACCUUCUAUCAAAUAUGUCGCUAGAUAGAUUCUACAGUGGUCCUCAUAAGAAAAUAAAGAGAUAUUUAGGAUUCGCCUUUGAAGAUAGCUUUAAUAACCAAACUGGUUAUGUACAAAAGGCGCAUGAGGAUAACAUAACUACGUUAGAUUUUGAUUUUCCUAAUGGUACAUUAAGUACAGCUGGGCAUCUUGAUCAUACAAUAAAAUUAUGGGAUUUAACAAAGUCGACACAAAUUGGGGAAUUGAAAGGCCAUAAGGCUACAGUAAAUAGUUUGCAGAUGGAUCUAACAUAUAACAUGGUUAUAAGUGCAGGAAAAGAUGCGACGGUGAAACUCUGGAAUGUUGAUCUGGGAAUCGAAUCUUUUAAUACUGAGAGAUACUUCAAUCCAUGCAUAUACACUUUUGACUCUCACACAGAUGAAAUUACUGCCAUUUCUUCAUAUCAUGAGAACUUGGUUAGCGGCUCAAGAGACAAGACGAUUCGCCAAUGGGACCUAAAGACUGGUAAGUGCAUACAAAUCCUAAACAUAGGAUUUCUCAAUUCUCAGAAAGAACUAUUAGGUACUGUGGAUCCUAUACGAUCACCGCCUCCUAUUGGAGCCCUGCAAUGUCGUGAUGCAGCGUUGGCGACAGGCGGUCAAGACGGAAUUGUAAGGCUGUGGGACCUCAGGAUAGGGAAAGUAGUAAGAAGUUUAUCUGGUCAUGAAAAUGCCAUCACUGCUCUGAAAUUUGACGACCUACAUGUAGUUACUGGUUCGUUAGACAAGACUGCAAUCACCUGGGAUUUACGGACAGGCCAUACUGUGAACAGGCUGGAGUUCGACAACCCAAUAUCCUCCAUCGAUGUAGAUAUUGACAAAAUUACAAUUGCAACUGGGCAGAAUUCAGUACGGAUAGUAGACAGAUAUGAAGACAAGUCUUGGACGUGUGGAGAAACAGCAAAUCCGCUCUCGAAGGCUACCAUUGUUAGGUACAAAGAUGGCCAGAUGAUUGAUGGCCGUUCCAAUGGCGAUGUAAAUAUUUGGCAUAUUUAA